AUGACGGAGCAGAAUGUAGCACUACACGAAGCCCCAGCGCCACUUGUGACCUCGCCGUGGACUCGAUCUCUCAUUGCAGGUGCUCUCGCCGGUAUCACCGUAGACUUUUCCCUCUAUCCCAUUGACACCAUCAAGACGCGGCUGCAAUCCAACCUAGGAAGCAGCCAUGUCUCGACUCUCCCCAGACAUACAGUCGCCGGGACUCUGCGCAGCAUGUACGCUGGUCUUCCUAGUGCCAUGCUCGGGUCCAUGCCUUCGGCCGCCUUCUUCUUCCUGGUCUACGACGGUGUCAAGAGAAGCCUAGCUCAUGACCCGACCAGACCGUCUUCCACCCAAGCAUACACACACAUGCUCGCCUCGUCACUGGGCGAAAUCGCCGCAUGCGCGAUUCGUGUACCGACCGAGGUAGUCAAGCAGCGUGCCCAAGCAGGGCUAUUCGGCGGCUCCUCACUUCUUGCAGUCCAAGAUGUACUCGCCCUUCGCAAAACAGACGGUCUUCCUACCAUGGUCCGCGAACUAUACAGAGGAGCAGGCAUAACAAUCAUGCGCGAAAUCCCGUUCACAAUCAUCCAGUUCAGUCUGUGGGAGUAUUUCAAGGCUGCAUAUUCGGCACGCCAGCACAAGAUCAAAGGCCGCCAUGAGGGACUGGUGACAGCAAGCGAGAGCGCCGUCUUUGGCAGCGUGGCGGGGGCGGUCGCCGCUGGCUUGACUACGCCUCUCGACGUACUCAAGACCCGAACCAUGCUUGCGCGGAAAGAGACCGGAACCUCAUCGUCAAAGACACGAGCAGGGCCCCUGGAUGCGUUGCGACAGAUAUGGCACGUCGAAGGACCGUCUGCUCUGUUCAGGGGUUUCGUACCUCGCGUGGGUUGGAUCAGUACCGGCGGCGCCAUCUUUCUGGGAACGUAUCAAUACGUGUCGAAUUAUUUGGCGGCAGAUGCGCCUCGAGUGUGA